CACAGGGCUCUGACUCUCACCUCCACGCUGAGCAGGGCUGCUGGGCUCAGUCUCACAGCUGCUCCAGCCUCCAAACAGAGGAUCUGCUCUGCCCCAAGCCCUGCCUGACUCCUUCCUCCACAGAGCAUCCCUCGACUGCUGCCCAGGCCCAGAAGAUGGAUGCUCCAGUGCUGAGCUGGCUGGUGAAUCGCUCCCUCCUCCUUCCCCUGGACUCUGCUCCACACCUCGACCUGCUGGGCACAAAAGCCUCCUGCCUGCAGCUGGCUGCCACGAGGAACGUAAACAUCAUCCUGCAGCACUACAACUUCUCAGGCAAGCUCACCAACCGGCACUCCGGGGACGAGGGCAUGGGGCUGGUCCGCAGCGCCUUCGCCAUCAUCAGCUGCAUCAUCAUCCUGGAGAACCUGCUGGUGCUGCUGGCCGUGCUGCGCUGCCUGCGGGGCCGGCGCUGGGUCUACUCCUGCAUCGCCAGCAUCACCCUCAGCGACCUGCUGGCGGGCGUCGCCUACCUCUGCAACCUCUGCCUCUCGGGCAGCACCACCUUCCAGCUCUCCCCGCAGCUCUGGUUCCUGAGGGAGGGCAUCCUCUUCAUCGCCCUGGCCGCCUCCACCUUCAGCCUGCUGGUGACGGCCGUGGAGCGCUACAGUGCCAUGGUGAGGCCGAUCGCGGAGAACGAGGCCAGCAAGACGCUGCGGCUGCGCGGCCUCAUCGUGAGCUGCUGGCUGCUGGCGCUCGUCAUCGGGCUGCUGCCGCUGCUGGGCUGGAACUGCCUCUGCGACUUCCAGGCCUGCUCCGUGCUCCUGCCGCUCUACUCCAAGGACUACAUCCUCUUCUCCGUGGUCAUGUUCAGCAUCAUCCUCCUGGGCAUCGUCGGCCUCUACAUCUCCAUCUUCCACCUGGUGCAGGCCAGCUCCCGGCAGAGCACCUCCCGGCACGGCCGCCGGCGCUCGCUGCGCCUGCUGAAGACGGUGCUGAUGAUCCUGGGAGCCUUCAUCCUCUGCUGGAGCCCCCUCUUUGUCCUGCUGCUCUUGGAUGUUUUCUGCCAGACCGGGGCCUGCACCCACCUGCACAGCCUGGACUGGACCCUGGCUCUGGCCUUGCUGAACUCAGGAGUCAAUCCCGUCAUUUAUUCCCUGCGCAGCGUGGAGGUUCGCCGCGCCGUGGGCAGCCUGCUGUGCUGCUGCUGUGUCAGGGCUGGGCUCUGCAGGCCUGGCAGCUGCCUGGUCAUCUCAGACAUCAACUCUGGCUCCUCCACCGAGAGCUCCCUGCGCUACCGCGACAGCUUCCGCGGCUCGGUGGCCUGGAACGCCCGGCCCAGGGCGCCCCUGUCCAGCAACUCCAGCAUGAUGAGCAAUCUGCCCAGCCUGUGA